GUGCGCAAGUACCUUCUAUUACUGGAUGCUCGUAAGGACCAUGUCAAGUACUGGCGACCGCAAAUUCUCCUUCUUGUUGCUAAUCCCCGAUCUGCAGCAACCCUUGUCAUGUUUAUGAACAGCAUGAAGAAGGGCGGCCUAUACGUGCUUGGGCAUGUGAUCCCGGGCUGCUUCAGUGAUCACGAGAAAGACCCAUGCAUUGAGGCUUCCAGCUUAAUAGCCUGA